CAGUAUCCCUAAUAACAACACUUCUCUUGAACGAAUACCACAUCAUCAUAACGCUAUCAAGUUCAAAGGGUCGUUGCUCCUACACAAAGUCGUUAUUCAAUGCAAAGUGUGUUAGAUACGGCUCAUGCAACUACCCCAGACUCUGUCUUAGCAAGCACCCUACACGGCACCACUAGCUCCGUUGACGACCUCACGCUCGCUUUAAAUAACUUUUCCCGCUUACUGUCUCCAGAGCCUCAGCAGAAUGUGCUUUGCUGCUGCGGGGAGGAAGAUUGCGAAGUUACAAAGAAUUGGUUAGCGUUGAAGACCAGGCUCGAGAGUAGGCUCAUUUUAAGUGCCGAAGUUGGUUCUGCCUUGUUGCGGAGACAUGAGGCAUACGUGCGACAACACGAGCCGGGUGACGCUACUCCUCACGAGGUUUCAGCGGACGAGACGCAUGGCGAAGCUUCCAGGCGGGAUACAGAUGUGGAUUUCCAAAUUACCGAGCUCAUCCAAGAGAACGCGGUUCUUCAGAAGCGCCUUACCCAAGCUCUACUGAACAAUGAAGUUUCUGAGGCAUCCAACAAGGAUGUUUUACAAGAGCUGGAGGAAGCGCGUAGCACAGUGUCGAAGUUGGCAGCGCAUCAUGCACGUUCUGUGGCGCUCGAUGCCAAGCUAGCCACGGCUCUCCGAGAGAAAGAUGACAUCCGGCAGGAAUGUGAAUGUCAAGUCCAGAGAGCUAAACAAGCAGAAGCGCGUUUGACUGCUCUUUCUGAUCGUGCCGAUAAGCUCCAGGCAGAAGUCCGUCGCCUCCAAAGCAAUCUCGAAACGAAACGAGUUCAAAGAUUGGAAUCAUCGGAAUCAUUCUUACAAGAGGUUCGCAUGCGCUUGGAAGAGCUGCAGAAUCGUCAUAUGAAUUAUGCAGCAAUCCAAGAGAGUUCUGAAAUAUCGAACGCUCUGGAAUCCUUGGUUAUGGACAAUGAGGCCCUGAGGGCUGACAACCAAGAGCUACACGCGCUUUUAACAGAAUCACAGGAAGAUCUACAGGCACUGCGGACACGAACGGAAGAGUAUAACAUCAUUCCACCCAUCCGAGUCGACCCCCCGUCAAAGUGCACCUUCACUGACGGACCUUCCCCACUUGGAAAAGACUCCCUGUUACUAAGUUCCGCGAAGCGCCCUGCUAGUGUGGAGCCUAGGUGCCGACGUGACUACGAGCCACUAACACCUGAGACAAGUUGCCGGCCACUCUCUCCAACGGAAUCCUUCCUAUUUUCUGCACAAAAGGACCCCAGUCUCACCCAUCCAUACGCAGUCUGCUCGUCCUUUUCAACUAACUUGGAGACCGAUGGUUUUGACUACGCUCAGGGAUCAUCUCCUGUUACUCAGGCCACGAAAGCCGUACAGACGGAUCGAUGGCUCACUAUGAGCCCCAUGCCAUGUUGCAUCGACCAACCCUCAUCGACCCUCCACGAUGGACGAUCAGAGUCCUCUUCCCUUUUCGAUGGUCAAGGUUCGCAUAUGUCCGGCCUCUUGGAACGCAUGCUGUCUCUUCUGCAUCGGAUGUCUCAAGCCGAUGCUCUCACGCUCACGAAUCGGCUCAAAAGACAGCAUCUUCUAGGUGCAGAUGUCAAGCACCUCUCCCGCACGACAGUCAGUAACAUCCUAACAGAAGUUCCGCAAUUGCGUUCGCAGUACAGAGUAUUCCUUGAAGAUGAGAAAAUGGCCCUUUUGUGCACGCGAAGAGACCUACGUGCCUUGUUCAAAUUAGUCAAAGAUGCGUUCGACGAGAUGGGCCAAAUGCGUGUCACGCUGAACGACAUUAUACUGGAACCGUCUAUUGCUAGUAAAGUCAGCGAAAUGGCCCUCGACCCUGUCAAAGCGGAGGCAAUGGAAAGGGAGCGAAAGUCGUCAGGCUCUGCCGUCGGGUUGAGUUGGAUGUCGCCCUUCACCAAACUGUUUGGAACGUCGUUAUACGAUCUGAGCGGCGCCCCGCUCACAAUCUCCCCUUCUCGGCAGAUUAGCCGAGGAAGGGCGGAACUCCGGCACCCUCGACCUGUGCCCAAGAUUGGACCUGCGCUCGCUGCUUCCACCACUACCGUGAACGUAGAAUUUUCUGGCGCUGGGGCAGGUCGAUCCGUUGCGACAAUGUUCUCGUCACAUAGUCCAACUGGCGAGGGAGAUGGUGUGGGGGACAAGUUUCUAGAUUUGAAAUUGCACAGUCAGACCUCAACGACGACCAGUGUCCCCAAUGUUAUGGGCAUCUUUGUUGGUGCACCACGUGUAGAGGAACCAUCAGAGCCUUGGGUUGUCCUCCCUCGUGUGCCUCGACGUGUGCAGUCUACGUGUUUCGGAUCUGUAGCACCGGACAGCGGACCGGCUACUAUCGGUAGAUCCACACUGAGGAAACGACAUACGUCGCAGAUGUCAAGAGACGUGGACGCCGUGCUCGAUGCGGAGAUUAUUCGUAGGCAUGAUUCGGAAGGGAAUGACAUCCCGGGGCCCUUACCGCCUGAACACAAACUCCAUCGACGUGGCGCCUCAGACUCAUCGAUCCAUUCGAAGUUUACGAAGCAGGUUGAUGACUCUGGAGCUUCCGUUCAACGCCAGCCAAUGCAUGAGCAGCCCUCUGUUCUGCGGACCAUAAGUCGGACCGUCCUGGGCUUCAAACAAGCGGCUGCACACACCAUCUCGGGAGUCGCAAGCACUGCUGCGACAUCGUCACUGGCGUCCUCUUUCACAAGCUCCUCCGGGAAGGCCCCAAGUUUUAGUGAAGAUACAUCAAGGUCGCGUCCUCCGCGAUCGAGUACCCCCUCCUCAUCACUCGCCCCCAGACUCACGUCCUGGGCAACAGCUAGAACUACACUGGAGCCACCUAGCCUUCACAAGUCCACCAUGUUCGGCAGCAGUCUUCGCGAAGAACCAGUCAUACAUCGACACCUCGGACGCGAAUCCCAAGGACGGGAUAUAUGACCGACUACACGGUAUUAGGAGUUCAUUCUCCGCAGUACAUCUAUCUUAUGUUGCAGCUACGAUUUAUUCUGAUUGAUCUCUCCCUCGAACCCACUAUCCAACUCUCAUUUGUAUUUAUAACUCGGGCGCUCACUCAUGAACGGAUAUCCACCUUAGACAGUGA